GGUAAAAAGCGGAUGCAUCAUCUCGUGGAACUUGGCGGUACGUUCACUAGGGUUCGCCAGUCGUUGGUCCAGGCCAGCAUCCCCUGCGCGACGCUCGCUCAUCCUGUCGGACGAGGCACGAACUACAUUCGGGGUUGCGGAUAGUACACCCUGUGCGCAGGCCGUCAGCAAACAAUAGACGCGUGCGUGGUCCGUGUGUGUGAAACAGUCUGUGGACGAUAAUUUCAUUAAGUAAAAAUGUAUCGACUGAAGUGAUGAAGAAAAGGAAGACGGGUGGAUCGGAUCGAGACGCGUGCAUGCCGCGUUGAAUAACAAAUACAUAAUAAUACGGAUGGAUGAUCGAUGAAGGAAUGAACUGAGAGAAGGAAAACAUCUGGAAGCGUAAUAUGGCUGGGAUUGGCGUCGUUUGACUCGUAAACAGUGAUUUAUCUGUCCUUUAUCGGAUAGAAAAAUUGAUUCGAGGGGUAAAAGAGGAAUAAUAGAAUAGGAAAUAUAUCGAUCGGUGUCGAUCGUUGUUUCUUCGGAUUGUUUCUUCGGAUCGAGGAAAGAUUGGAGGGACAUGGCCGGUUACACGGUUGUGCGCAAAAAAUUUUGCUGAUCCUCGCUGCAUUCGGGGGGAUCCUGCGCCGUGCAUGACCGGCGGUGGAAAGAAAUUUGUCGAAACCGACUUCGUUCAUCCUUGGCACCUCUGGAAUAGGAGAAAAAUUACGAUUAAAGCGGGGAUAAGAGUUUGCCUGAGAAAUGAGAUCCUACGACGGUGAGAGCAGCUCUACGGAGGACGAUGAUAGAAGAGAGGGCCUUCCCGAGGCGCACUUGCAGCAAGGAUCCUGGCAACGUUCGGCUUCCCACCCUACAUGGGCUUGGGAACAUCGUGCCGCUCAUCCAUUACCACCACAAUCAACGGCAUCGCUCGAAUCCAUGUACUCGUUACCAGGGGCGUCUCACGCCAGUGUUUCCGCUCCUCCAGCUGGCUACUCGUCCGAGCACCCUCAGAGCGCACCUGGAAGAAGAACUCCCUUGGGUGCCGUCGGCCUCGGCGGUUUCUAUUUUCAGCAACAGCCCCAACCGCACGCCUCGUCGAGUUCCCUCUCCGAUGAAAACAGACCAGACCAAGAGAGACCCGGAGCAUCGAGACUGAACUGCCCGCCAAAAUCGAAGACCACGCGUCAAGGGAAAAGCAUGCGACUAAACAUAAACGCGAGAGAGCGUAGAAGAAUGCACGAUUUAAACGAUGCUCUCGACGAACUUCGAUCCGUUAUUCCUUACGCCCAUAGUCCGUCCGUAAGAAAAUUGUCCAAGAUUGCCACUCUCCUUUUGGCAAAAAAUUAUAUUCUCAUGCAAGGAAACGCUUUGGAAGAACUGAAAAGAGUGAUAGCGGUUUUGCAAUCGCCUCACGCUCACACCACAGCUUUACCACCCACACCUGUUUCCUACGAUUUGCUGCACGGAUUCCCAGGCAAGUUGUUCCAAGGUGUGCCGGAUAUGCAAGGACUUCCUACGACAGAUCCUCAAAGCGUGACGGCAGGUGGUCCUCCGACUGAUGGCACUGUGGCCAGUGGAGAAUCGAAUUAAAGAUUCGAGCCUUUGUUUCUUUGAAUAGAUGUAAGAUUAAAAUCGAGAAUCGAAUGUGUUGAAUUGGAUGGGACGAGUGUUGAUAAAAAGACGACAGAGAUAUUGAAGGAUUUCUUAUUAUACAAUUUACAAGAUAAAGGAGGGGACAGUAGAUGGCACUACUUUUAGUGUUAAUAACGAUUUUUAUGAAUAUAUAUUGCGAGAAUAAUUAAACGCGAUUAAUCUUCUAGGAUGGAAUCUAACGAUAAUUUUAAUAUUAAGAUUACAAUGAAGAUAGCGUGUAAGUUUCGAAUGCGAGAUUAAUUGUUGAUACAAUGAAAGUAUUAGAAGUAUUCAAGGACGUAUUCGACAUACACUGUUACGAGUUCGAUAAACAUUGAGUCAAUACUAGUACGUAUGGUUGAUACUCUUAAGAUUGAAAGUUUAUGAAAGUACUAGCAAUUAACGAUUAAGAGUAAUUACUUACGGUCUACGAUAACUAAGAAGAGCAAUAAGUAACAGCAUAUUUCUGUCUCUGGUGAAUGGAUAUCGAUUUCUAAUGA